AUUUCCCUCUCUUCUUUUCGUAAAUCAAUUAAUCAAUCAAACGGAGUUGCUUCUAAAAUCAACCUUACCUGAUAGUUUCCAGGAGGACCGACAACAACUUAAUACGCCGCCGUAUGAUUACCGGACUCCGGCACGGAACCGGAGGAGCGUUCUUGCAAUAGCAGAAUAUGGGGCAGAUAAGGCGUUUAUUGAUACUGGCGAUUUUAAUUUAUCUUUUUGCUUUAUCUAGUGGCAGAGAACUCAAGAUUAAGUACAAGCAUUUAGAUCAUCAUUCUCCUGUUUACAAUCAUACUUUUGCGAAAAUAAUGGUCGAAUAUGCUUCUGCAGCCUACAUGUCGGAUUUGACAGAGCUUUUUACUUGGACAUGUUCGAGAUGCUGUGAUCUGACCAAGGGAUUUGAGAUUAUAGAGCUGAUUGUUGAUGUUGAGCACUGUUUACAGGGAUAUGUUGGUGUGGCGAAGAAUCUUAAUGCAAUUGUUAUUGCAUUUCGAGGAACUCAGGAACACAGCAUACAGAACUGGGUGGAAGAUUUGUUCUGGAAACAGCUUGAUCUAAACUAUCCUGGCAUGCCUGAUGCAAUGGUGCACCAUGGAUUUUAUUCUGCUUACCAUAAUACAACAUUACGCCCUGGUGUUAUAAAUGCAGUUAACAGAGCAAAGGAUUAUUAUGGAGAACUUGACAUAAUGGUGACAGGACAUUCAAUGGGAGGGGCCAUCGCUGCCUUCUGUGGACUUGAUUUAACAGUUAAUUAUGAAAUGAAGAAUGUUGUUGUUAUGACCUUUGGACAACCUCGUAUUGGCAAUGCUGCAUUUGCAUCCUACUAUAGCCAACUUGUGCCAAAUACAAUCCGAGUCACAAACGACCAUGAUAUUGUGCCGCAUUUGCCUCCAUACUACAGUUACUUCGCUGAAAAGACAUACCACCACUUCCCAAGAGAGGUGUGGCUGUAUAACCUUGGAGUAGGAAGCCUGGUCUACCCAGUCGAGAAGGUCUGUGAUGGCACUGGGGAAGACCCUACGUGUAGCAGGUCAGUGGGUGGGACCAGCAUUUCCGAUCAUCUACAUUACUAUGGUAUUGAUUUAAUGGGGAAGACAUGGAGAUCUUGCGGAAUUGUGAUGAAUUCUCUAGAGGAUUAUGGCAGAACAGAUGACAAAGGAAAUAUUUUCUUGUCACGAAAACUCGCCACUCCCAUUCUGAAAAUGAAAACAGAGAUGGAUGGCGGGAGCAACAGUGCUUAGAACAUGAUUACUCCACAACAAGUUUUCUCUGUAAAUUCUCUCUCUAAUUGAGUUAAUCUUCGUUAUUGAAUGCAAACGCUUCAUAGAAGAUGUGGCUGGUGAAUAUUUUUCUGUGCCUCAAUGGGGGAGAGAAUGUGUAUAUAGACAUUGACCUUGUACAUUUACAACCUUGUAGUUAUAACUUAUGACUGAAAGCCAUCUUUAACAUGGUCCUGAAAUGUGUGAAUAUUGAGAGAUCUUUUGACAGAAUUUUCUUUUUAGAUUGAAAUUGAUUAUUUAUCUAAUGUACAUAUCUCAUUUGAA